ACAGGGUGCGCAUUAGGUGCAGAAGAAGAGCGAGUAUGGCGCUGGAGGUGAAGUUGUGUUGUUUGGAGGAAUUCCCCUCGCACCUGAGUCCUCUAGAGGCUCUGCUCCUUCCAACUCACUUGGAAUCAGUUUUUCAAAAUGCCACCGACCCUCCGACGGUCCUCUUCAUGGCGCAGCAGCCUCAGCUCCGCGGGCGAACGGGCAUUCUGCUGCGGGUUCAUGCCACUACCGAGGAGGAGGUGUCGGGCUGUGGUGGCGCGAGCCUCCCCGCAGGCAGCGGAGAGCCGGUCCUCCGGCUAUUCACCAGCCGUUUCUUUCUGCGGCACCACCGGCUCAAAGGAACCGGCUUCAUUCGACCCAUGGAGCCUGUCAGCCUGGACCGAGUGGUGCUGGGCGCCCGCAGCAAGCAGAGCCUCUGCUGGGCCGGAGCCAAGCAGUUCUCCGCCGGGCUGACGGAGCUCUGCCAACGGGGAGAGUGGCUGCUUUCCCGGCAGGGAGACCCGCUGCUGCUCCCCCAACACCCGCUGCUCGGAGAAGACCCGGUUCAGGGGCAGCAGCAGCAGCUGAUGAUGGAGCUGCUGGUGUUGGACUGCAGUCCUGUCACUCAGGGGAGGAUCACAGCCAGCACCGCUUUGGUCCUGACAGAUUUCUGGGACCCAGUGGACCCCCCGGUGGACCCCGGCCCCUGCGGACCCCUCGGACUGUGCGUGUCAGACUUUGCUCGUUACGCAGACAGCCUGGGAGGAGGCAGAUCUCUCCUGGACAGCAGGGAGGUGUUGAGCUCGGGUUUGUCAGACGCCCUGCGGGCGAUGGAGUGCAGGCUGGAUGUCCGGGUGGUGGACACUCGGCGGCGGUGGUGGGGGGCAGAUGUGGACGGCUGUGUUUUCCUGAGCAAGCAUCUGCUGCUGCGACUCGGUCUGUUCAACCACCAGUGGGUGAAGCUGGGGAGGCCGGACGGUGAGGAUGGGGGAACAGAUGCCUGCAGAGACCGGGUGGUGUCUGUGGUGGUGGUGGAUCUCUCGCUCUGCCCGGAGUUGCAGCCCCACGGGGAUGCAGCCUUCAUCUCUGCGACUCUGUGGUUCAACAUGACGGAUGGAGAGGAGGUUCCUGUGAAUGGCUGCAGGCUAACGAUGAAGAGGUGGAGUCCGUCGCCUGCAGAACCCGACCUUCGUCGCUCGGACAGCUCCUGCCGCUCAGCUUCUCUACCCAUUGCUGGCGAGCUUCACAUUCAGCCCGUCGUCUGUCCGUCGUACAAAAACCUGAGCUGCUGUGACGAGCUGCUGGCCGAACAUUUCAGCACUCCCAGGGUGGUUGCAGAGGGAGACAUCCUGAGCGUUCCCACUGAAAACCAUCCGGACCUGCUGGAAAACAGCUUGGAGGGGAUCCACAGGAGCCCAGCGCUUUUCUUCAGAGUGCAGAAAGUGAAGCCUCUUUUAAAUGGAGGAGGAGGAGGAGGGGGAGGAGGAGGUGCAUACCUGGCUGACAGAACACACACUUCCCUCUUUAUGGGGGCGUCCACCAACAGCCCGGUACCGUGCCUCUCUGCAGACUCUGCCUCUCUGUGGAGCAGCUUAUCUCCACCGGGACUACACAGAACCGUGGACAUGCUCAGCAGCAUCAUCCUGCCUCAUCUGCAGCACAGGGAGUUUCUGCCUCGAUGCACCGUCCUGCUCCACGGCCCUGCAGGGAGCGGGAAGAUGACGGUGGUCAGAGCGGCGAGCUGCAGACUCCACCUGCACCUGCUGAAGGUGGAUUGUGUGACGCUAUGCGCUGACACUCCUGCUGCCUCUGAGGCCAAGCUGACGUCGGCGUUUCACCGGGCGGAGGUCCUGCAGCCGUGCCUCCUGCUGCUCAGGAACCUGCAGCUGCUGGUUCGACCGCGAGGAGCCGAAGAGGACGGCAGGGUCCAGGCUGCGCUGUGCCAGCUGCUCGACAGCGCCCCCACCAGGGUGGCUGUGGUGGCGACGGUGUCCAGAGCUAGAGAUCUUUCUGGUGGUGUCAUGGCUGCGUUUGUGCACCGGGUGGAGCUAGAGAGUCUCACGGAGGAGCAGCGGCACGCCAUGCUGAUCAGCCUGAGCAGACAUCUUCACCUGGGGAGAGACGUGAGCCUGGAGAGGCUUUCCAAACUCACGGCUGGUUUCGUUUUAGGGGAUCUGAACGCGCUCGUCGUGGAGGCUGGAAGAGCGGCCUGCAGGAGGCUGAGACAGAGCUGUGCUUCUCGGCAGCAGGAGGAUCUGUGUUCCAGUGGAGUGACCGUCCAGAACCAGGACUUCACGUUUGCUCUGGACGUGCUGCAAGACGCUCAGUCCAAAUCCGUCGGAGCCCCAAAGAUCCCGAACGUGCACUGGGAGGAUAUCGGAGGCCUGCAGCUUGUGAAGAAGGAGAUCUUGGACACGGUUCAGCUUCCACUACAGCAUCCAGAGCUUUUGUCUCUGGGCCUGAACCGGACCGGGGUCCUGCUGUACGGACCACCUGGGACAGGAAAGACCCUGCUGGCCAAAGCCGUGGCCACAGAGUGUUCCUUGACCUUCCUCAGUGUCAAAGGCCCAGAGCUCAUCAACAUGUAUGUGGGUCAGAGUGAGGAAAACAUCCGAGAAGUCUUCCACAGAGCGCGCUCUGCAGCUCCCUGCGUCGUCUUCUUCGAUGAACUGGACUCUCUGGCUCCCAGGAGGGGCCGCAGUGGAGACUCUGGGGGGGUGAUGGACAGAGUGGUGUCUCAGCUGCUGGCUGAGCUCGACGCCCUGAACUCGUCUGUUGGAGUUUUUGUGAUCGGGGCCACAAACCGACCGGACCUGCUGGACCAGUCUCUGCUCAGGCCUGGCAGGUUUGAUAAGCUGAUCUAUGUUGGAAUCAAUGAGGAUCGGGCAUCGCAGCUGCAGGUUCUUCAGGCCAUCCUCAGAAAGUUCCGGUUGGAUCCGGCUGUGAACCUGCAGGAAGUGGUGGAUCGAUGCCCGGCUCAAAUGACCGGUGCCGAUCUUUACGCUCUCUGUUCAGACGCCAUGACUGCCGCCAUCAAAAGGAAAAUUUCUCUCAUCGAGGCCGGUCUGGACUCCGAGGAGUCACCUGUGCUCCUCUCCCCUGACGAUUUCUCCUCGGCGCUGGAAAACUUCAAGCCGUCGGUUUCUGAGCAGGAGCUGACCCGAUACCAGAACAUCCAGAAGAAACUGACUGCAAAGUAGAGACAAACUGAAGAUCCAGAACUAGAAAGUCUCUGAGUGAAACAAUUAGUUAAUAGUAAAAAAUCAGAAGAGAAACCACUGCCGUGAAACAGAUCAAUGUAAAUGAUGUAAAAAGGUUAAUUUAUGAAUGCAAUUGUUUUUAAUUAAUAAAUAAAGCAGUUUAGGAUUUAUUCUGUUUUAUGUUUAUUUUUAAAGAAAAGUGUGACUAACACUAAAAUAAAGACUACGUUUUGCUUAGGUUUCUUAAGAACAAAUGACUUAUUUUCAAAUACAGAUGCUAAAAACUUCA